CUGGAAUUUCUUGUUUUCCGUCCUAACGGUCUUCAACGGCGGGAAUUUGCAGAGCAAAAGCCUGAUUUGGAAGAAUGUGUGAAGUUCAUAUCAUAGGCCAAAUAACUGGUGCAUCAGAAUUCAAACAGAAUAAAUUAUUUUGUAAAUGGGGCAUACAUACAGGGACAAACUGGAAAGUUAUAGAAGGUUUUAAAGAAGGCCAAACACAAAUGGAUAAUCCUCUUGAUAAUGAAACUUGUUACUGGAGCCAUCCAGUUGAUGUGCAUUAUGCUACAAAGGGGAUUCAAGGUGAGACAAUUGGUAUAGCUAUUAAUUCUGCAGAUAACAUAUUGCACAGUGAAUAUGUGCACAUAACAUAUUGCAUAUAAUGAAUGGUGAACACC